AUGCGUGGCGUCCUCACCGCAGCCAUCGCCGCACUGGGCGUCGCCCCGCUCGCUGCCGGCCACACCUGGAUCGAGCAGCUACGGAAUAUUAACGACCAAGGUCAGUACGUCGGCGAGUACGGUUAUCCUCGCGGCAUGGUCUCGAAGACGGACCCUGGGUUCGACGGCUUCUCCAUGAACUGGCUGCUUCCCGAGACUACCUCCGGUAGCCCCUACAUCAACGAGAGCACCCCGCUCUGCCACCCAAGCCAGCGACAACAGAAGCAGUCCCAGGAGAAGUACCCCCGCCUGCAAGCCGUUCCCGGCAAGUUCAUCGCGAUGCGGUACAUGGAAAAUGGCCACGUCUCGUUGCCCGACAACCAACAGGGCAAGCCCGAGAAGGGCGGCACGGUCUUUGUCUACGGCACCACACAGCCAAAGGAGGACGAGAACCUCGUGGAUGUUCUCCGGUGGACGCAGGACGGGCAAGGCGGCGACAAGCGCGGCGUCCUUCUGAACAUGAAUGACUAUGACGAUGGGCGCUGUUACGAAAAGAACGAUUCUCCCAUCUCGCUUGCCCGUCAGAAGUCGGAUCCGAACUUCGCCAUGGGCCAGGUCUCCGACGGCCCAGGUAACUACCCUCUCUUUUGUGAGAGCAACGCCGCCGUUCCCAAAGACACCCAGACCGGGAAGCCCUACACGAUUUACUGGGUCUGGCAGUGGAACACCUCGCCAGGUGUCGACCCUGGGCUUCCAGACGGUAUUGACCAGUACUACACCACUUGCAUUGACGUCGACGUCGUCGACACCGUUGCCAAUGCGCAAGCCGAGGCUGACUUCGCUCUUGGGCCUCAGCAGGACGCCAUGUCCAUCGCGGUCUCCGACUUCGCGUCGCGCACUGCUCUUAUGACGGACGUCGUCGAGGGCGAAGUCGGCCCCGUCUUCAACGCAACGCCGACCGCAACUGGCGCACCAUCAGGCACCGCUGCUCCGCCACCGGCUCAGACGACGUUGGCGAGAGCUCCGUCUGGCAACUCGUCUGCGACCCCGAACAUCCCCACCUUGACCGACCCUGGCGACGACAGUGUCGUGACUGUGACUGAUACCGUGGUCGUCACGGUUACCGCUCCGGCCGUCGCUUCACAAGUCACUCCCCGUGCUGCGCACAUGGCGCGUCACGGCGUCAAGUUCCGGGGUAGGUUCAUACGCGACUGA